AUGGACGACACGUCAUCACCCAGAGUAUUUGACAAGCCAAAAUCGGACCCAGCGGAAGCUAGAAUUUUAAGACAAUCCUCGUUUUUCUGUCGAGUGCAGAUCAUGAGUGCGGUUUCCUCGAAUCCUGUUUUCGAGUCCAGAUUACAACCGACGCCGAUCAAACGUCGGAGAAUCGCGGAUGAACCGAGUCGAGCUGCCAGGUGGAUGGGCAAGAUGUUCGACAGCUCAGCUGUCUCAACUGGGGACUCCACGUCAGCUCCGAAAGUGAGGAGCACGUCAAGUGCUCUCGGAUUCUGGCAGAGGAUGGCGUGGUGGAUUAGUGUUCGUCCGAGAUGGGGAGUGUUGGGGGAGAUACGGUGGAGGAGCGCGCGGAGGAUUGCACCACUGGCUUCGAAAUACUCGACGGCACACCAAGCGACGGGCUCGGCUAAGCCUGCACCGACUCGAAACUCCUCGCCUGUGGUGACAUCCCACGACCAAGCUCCGAGUUUGACCUUGAUGUCUCUGGACAAUCGGGACCUGUCGGUUAACGAUGGCUGCAACGAGCGCAUUGCAAUCGACGUUAGUGUACAGAGA